GCGUCGAAUGGACAAUUGAGUUUAAUGGGUUUUGCCAACGCAGACGCCGGUUUCUAGUCCAGUGAGCACACCGCAAGCUGGAAUUCCCGGCAACAACGCCUUCUCUAACCUCCGACAUUCUAAUGCGGAUCUUUUUAUGACGGAUUUCUCUUUUCAUUUCAGAUACCCUCUUUUUCCAGCGCCUUGUCUUGACAGUCUCUUCAACAUACCCAAACCGAAACUCCGCAAACACGACAAAGCCUGCGGGAACCUUCUCCUCCAGUUACGACAAUGCCCAACACAUCCCUUCGACGGCCCAGGGGGGGUUACCGCCGUGGCGGGAAAACUGCAUACCAUGGCUCACGAACCCGGACAUUUGCGGCAUCGUCCAACGCACGCGGCGAAGCGACAUCAAACGACGAAAAAUGGGAGCGGACAGCUCUCGCACACCAGAUCGACGAGAACAUGGGCUUCGGGCGUUAUGACGCAGGCAAACGGCGUGAAGGCUGGCUCGUCAACAUACAACCCACCGCAAUCGACGACCCCAGAGUACCCGGUGGUGGUGGACGUGCUGCGCUCGACUGCUACUUCAUCGAGGAGGACGGGUCAACAUUCAAGGCAACAGUGGAAUACGAGCCAUACUUUCUCAUUGCCUGUCGCAAGGGGCACGAAGGCGAGGUCGAGGAGUGGUGCAAACGGGUACCGGGCGACGGUGUGGUCAAGGGCAUCAAACGGAUCGAGAAGGAGGACCUGAAGAUGCCAAACCACCUGCUGGGGUAUCGGAGGACGUUUAUCCAGUUGACGUUUCACAACGUACAAGACCUGUUGGCAGCCAGAAGGGACAUCAUGCCCAUCGCGGAGAAGAACAAGAAGGGGAUGGAUGCCAUGGACACAUAUGCCGAAGUCGCAAACGCGAACGGCAAUUUCGAUCUUUUUGAUGACGACCCACGAACUGAUGACCGGCGGAAUAAUGCAUCCUUUGCUGAGGCGAGCGACUUCAUUGUCGAUAUUCGUGAAUACGACGUUCCAUACCACGUUAGAGUAAUGAUAGACUUGGAUAUCCGAGUGGGUAAUUGGUAUUUUGUGGAGGCAAAGAACGGCGUCACAACUAUUAUUCGGAACGAGGAGCGUUUGGCGCCGGCAGACCCGGUUGUCAUGGCCUUCGAUAUCGAGACGUGCAAAGCACCCCUGAAGUUUCCUGACGCUGCGGUUGACCAGAUCAUGAUGGUAUCUUACAUGAUCGACGGUCAGGGUUUCUUAAUCACCAACCGCGAGGUGGUCUCAGCGGACAUUGACGAUUUCGACUACACCCCAAAACCAGAAUACCCGGGGCCAUUCAUGAUCUUCAACGAGCCCGAUGAGAAGGGUCUUCUCGAGCGCUUCUUCCUUCACAUCAAGGAGGCCCGACCCACAGUGAUCGCCACUUACAACGGUGACUUUUUCGACUGGCCCUUCGUCGAAGCUCGCGCCAGCUUUAACGGCAUCGACAUGUAUCACGAGAUCGGGUGGAAAAAGGAUUCCGAAGACCAGUACAAGUGCAGCUACAGCGUGCACAUGGACUGCUUCCACUGGGUCAACCGUGACAGUUACCUCCCUCAGGGUAGUCGAGGCCUCAAGGCCGUCACCGUCGCCAAGCUCGGAUACGACCCUGAUGAACUCGACCCUGAACUCAUGACGCCAUACGCCAACGAGCGGCCACAAACGCUGGCCGAAUACUCCGUCUCCGAUGCCGUCGCCACAUACUAUCUGUACAUGAAAUACGUCCAUCCUUUCAUCUUCUCUCUGUGCACCAUCUUGCCUCUCGGUCCCGAUGACACGCUGAGGAAGGGCACAGGAACGCUCUGCGAGAUGUUGUUGAUGGUGCAAGCCUACCAAAAGGAGAUUGUGCUACCAAACAAGCAUAUGGCGCCGAAGGAGGCCUUCUGGGAUGGCCACUUGUUGGACUCGGAAACCUACGUUGGUGGGCACGUCGAGAGUAUCGAGGCCGGCGUCUUUCGGGCAGACAUACCGGUGAACUUUGCGGUCGAUCCCGGGGCCAUUGACGAAUUGCUGCGCGAUUUGGACUCGGCCUUGACCUUCAGCAUCACCGUGGAAGAGAAGAAGUCGAUGGAUGAUAUCACAAACUACGAAGAAGUCAAGCAGCAAAUCGCCGCGAAGCUGCUUGACCUCAAGGAGACGCCCAACCGCAACGAGCGACCUCUGAUUUACCAUCUCGACGUCGCGUCCAUGUACCCCAACAUCAUGACGACCAACCGGCUACAGCCCGACUCCAUGAUCUCAGAAUCCGAUUGCGCUGCUUGCGACUUCAACCGCCCCGGCAAGACCUGCGACAGGAGAAUGCCGUGGGCAUGGAGAGGCGAGUAUCUGCCAGCGAAGCGGGACGAGUACAACAUGAUCAAACACGCCCUGGAGAACGAAAAGUUCCCGGGCAAGUUUGCCAACAGCCCAAUACGCUCGUGGCAGGACCUGAGUUUGGAGGAGCAGGCCACUCUCACCAAAAAGAGGAUGCAGCUGUACUCCCAAAAGGUCUACCACAAAAUUCGCGACUCGACCACCAUCGUACGAGAAGCCAUCAUCUGCCAGCGAGAAAACCCCUUCUACAUCAAUACCGUCCGCGACUUCCGUGACCGCCGCUACGACUACAAGGGCAAGGCGAAGGUUUGGAAGGGCAAAACAGAGGCCCUAAAAAGUUCAGGGGCAUCAUCCUCCGAAGUUGACGGCGCCAAGAAAAUGAUCAUUUUGUUCGACUCCCUGCAACUGGCACACAAAGUCAUUCUCAACUCAUUCUAUGGCUACGUCAUGCGGAAGGGCUCGCGUUGGUACUCCAUGGAGAUGGCGGGCGUGACCUGCUUGACAGGAGCAACCAUCAUUCAGCUGGCCAGGUCUCUAGUGGAGCGACUGGGUCGCCCCCUUGAGCUUGAUACAGACGGUAUCUGGUGCAUGUUGCCGGCCACAUUCCCAGAGAACUUCGCAUUCAAGCUUAAGAAUGGCAAGAAGCUCGCCAUCUCUUACCCCUGUGUCAUGUUGAACCAUCUGGUGCAUGCCAAGUUCACCAACCACCAGUACCAAACACUGGUGGACUCCAAAACCUUCAAGUACGACACACAUAGCGAUAACUCCAUCUUCUUUGAAGUCGACGGCCCGUACAAGGCCAUGAUUCUCCCCACCUCGAAGGAGGAGGACAAGAAUUUGAAGAAGAGGUAUGCUGUGUUCAACGACGACGGCAGCUUGGCAGAGUUGAAGGGUUUUGAAGUCAAACGGAGAGGUGAGCUCAAGCUCAUCAAGAUCUUCCAGCAACAGAUUUUCAAGUUCUUCCUGGAUGGCACGACUCUGGCCGAGUGCUACACUGCCGUGGCAAAAGUCGCCAAUCAGUGGCUAGACGUACUGCACAGCAAAGGCGUGACACUAGCCGAUGAGGAACUCAUGGAACUCAUUUCCGAAAACCGCAGCAUGACCAAGACACUGGAGGAAUAUGGGAGCCAAAAGUCAACUUCCAUUACAACCGCCAAACGCCUGGCGGAUUUCUUAGGAGAGGGCAUGGUCAAAGACAAGGGCCUGAACUGCAAAUUCAUCAUCUGCGCGAGACCCAAGAGCGCUCCAGUCACGGAGCGUGCCGUCCCCGUCGCCAUCUUCUCGGCGGAAGAGGAGACGAAACGCCUGUAUCUGAAGAAAUGGCUCAAGGAGGAGCCGGCAGACACGGACCCAAGGGCACUGCUCGACUGGGACUACUACACCGAACGUCUGGGCUCAGUGAUUCAGAAGCUCAUCACCAUCCCUGCUGCUCUGCAAAAAGUUCGCAACCCGGUACCACGUGUGCCACACCCAGACUGGCUGCAACGCCGUAUUAACAUCAAGGACGACAAGAUGAAGCAGAAGAAGCUCACGGAUCUCUUUGGACCAACAACCAAAGGUGGUGCUCUGGAGGAGAUUGCUCCGAAUCUACUUGGCGAUGUCGAAGACAUCGGCGCGCUCCUCAAGCCCAAGACGGUCAGCUCGGCCAUCUCCGCGUCCCAAAAGAUACCACGGUCCCAGAAACGCAAGUCCCCUGAGCCUGCGGAAAACCAAGACCCCUUUGCCACUCUCCCAAAGAAGAUGCCUUCACCCAGUGAGGACUACCCAGCUUUCUUAGAAUACCAAAAGCUGAAGUGGAAGCUGCAAAAGCAAGCACGGGCGCGGCGGAGGCACCUCUUUGGUGACAGGCGCGGCAACAUCCAGAGCAAUAUCCAGCAGACGUUCCGAAACCAGGCCGAGAUAACCUUCAGGAACACCUGGCAGGUCCUGCAGCUCCGGGCUACCGACAGCCCCGGUAUUGUGCUCGCCUAUGUGCUCAUCGAUGGCAAGAUCCACGCCGUCAAGGUCAACGUCCCGCGGCAGGUCUUCCUCAAUCUGAAGAGCAAGGAGCUGCCAGACAUUGAGGUCGAUGGCUGCCAAGUCGAGCAGGUCUACCACACGCUUCCCAACGGGCAUUCCUCGGUUCACUUGUUCAAGCUCACGGUGCCCGAGGAAAUCUACUUCGCCGAAGCCGAGAAGUUCUCGCUACUUUUCAACCACCCCAGCGUUGAAGGUGUGUACGAGAAGCAGCUCCCGCUCAAUCUACGGGCCGUCCUUCAGCUAGGCAACCGCUGCACCAUCGAUGACAGUCAACCCGGCGUGCUCGGGAAGGGUCUUGACCAUGGUUUCGACCUGUCCAGCCUGACAAAACCCACCAAGCCUAGGCCAUACCUUGACGGCGCCCGCAUGUCAUACAUCUACCUCUCGCACAUCAGCGCGGGCGACCGCCAGAUCUUCGGCGUGUUCUCGACAACGGGUGACAAGGCACACAUCAUCAUACAGCAGAAGAACAAAGAUGGUGGCCAGGAUCUGCCGAACAUCACCAAGCUGUACUCGGACUUCUUCGCGCGUAGGAACCGCGAGGAGCCCGCCGACUCCAACUGGCAAGAGUGCUUCCCGUAUCAGGAGAAGCUGGUGUUCAAGAUUACCCAGGUUACAACACGCCGAAAAGCUUUCCUCGAGGUCGGUGACGUUGUCAAGAAGAUGAAGAAGGAGGAAUCGGGGGCAACCAUGAUGGUCAUCCAGUCGUCGCAGCGGAACCUCCUUGUGCACGACAUUCCGGUUUUGGGAGAGUUCCCCGUCCUACCAUUAAGAUAUGACCCAGCCGAUAGCUCCUUGCCGCCGCUGGGCUGGCAGACCGUCGUUGCUCGGCGCCUGGUCAACCAUUACCUCAGCCUCGGUUCCUGGAUCAACCACUUGACUGCCCUGGCCAAGUACGGCGAGGUCCCCUUGUGCAACCUGGAGCGCGACGAUCCGCGGUUUUUGAUCGACGUUGCCUACGCUCGGCGUUUACAAGCCAACAACGUCGUGCUGUGGUGGUCGGACAGCCCGCGGCCCGACCACGCCGGGUACGAGAAGGACGACGUGGCUGGGCCUCUCGACCAAGUUCAGAUGCCAUCCGUCAACAAUCCGGGAACCUUUGCGUCUGUCUGCAUCGACCUCGAAGUCCGUAACCUAGCCAUCAACACCAUCCUAACGUCAUCUCUCAUCAAUGAGCUUGAGGGAGCCGAUGCCAUUGCGUUCAACCCCGGCGGUGACGGCGGUGCAGAGGGCAAUGACGCCUUGUUCGCCGAUAAUGCAUUUGCCAACGCCGGAGUGCAAGUCCUCCGAGAGAUGGUGAAAUCGUGGUGGGCCGAAGCUUGCAAGGGCUCGACAAUGGCCGAUGUCAUGGUCCAACACUUGGUCCGCUGGGUGGAGUCCCCGGCGUCCUGCCUUUACGACCGCGCCCUGCACUACUAUGUUCAGAUGAUGAGCCGCAAGGCACUUCUCCAGCUCAUGGCAGAUUUCCGCAGAGUUGGGUCACAGGUGAUUUACGCGAGCCCCAACCGGCUGCUCUUGCAAACCACCAAGUCCGAAGUCGGCAAUGCCUAUGCCUACGCGCAGUACAUUCUAAAGAGCAUCAAGGGCAAGCCCCUGUUCCACUUCAUAGACCUCGAGAUCAAGGAGUAUUGGGAUUACCUCGUGUGGUACGAUGAGUUCAACUACGGCGGCAAGGCGUGCCAGGAGGUGCUUGAACGAGACGAGCAAGACCUCCAGAUGAUCAUGCAUUGGCAGAUGGCGACCUUCCUGCCCAUCCGACUUCAACCCACCUUCCGCGACUGGGUCGUCGAGUUCAUCGAGCUCAUGCACGGCAUCAAGCGGCCAGCAACAGGGAGUGAUCCCACCGCCACCCCACGCCUCACUCAACUCCCCAUCCGCAACAGCAACGCCGGGCUUGCUGAAGACGCUCCCAACCAAAUUAUCCUCGGGAAUGCGUUCGAAAAGCCGCUCAAGAAGGAGAUCACCUCCCUAGUCGCCACCCAGAAACGGGAGCUCCUUCACCCGGAACUCGCAGCCGAUUACACCUUCCCCUCUCUCCCCGGCUCCCACCUCGCCCACCUCACCCCCCAAUCCACCACCACGACCACCACCGCCACCAGCACCACCAACAACAACAACAAGAAGAAAGCCACCAAACCCACCGCCUCCGCCAACCCCAUCCUCGAGCUGGUCAAGUCCCUCAUGCAGGUCCUCUCCCUCGACAAGAACAUCACGCUCGAGGCGCGGCUCCUCCGGAAGGAGCUGCUCAACCUCUUCGACGUGCGCGAGUUCUCGCGCGAGGGCACCUUCCAGAACCCGUCCGAGUCCCUGCGCCUCGCCCAGCUGAGCUGCGACAGCUGCACCAUGGCGCGCGACCUCGACCUGUGCCGCGACGAGGACCUGCUGCCCGCGUCGUCGGCCUCCCAGGGCGGGGAGGGGCCCGAGGAGGGUGCGUGGAGCUGGCGGUGUGGGUAUUGUCAGCAGGAGUAUGAUAGGAAUGAGGUGGAGGAGAGACUGUUGGGGGAUGUGCAGGCGCUGGUGGUGCAGUGGUCGACGCAGGACUUGAAGUGUGCGCGCUGUGGUGCGCUGCGGGUGAAUGAGUUUAUGGAGCACUGUACGUGUAGUGGGGAGUGGAAGGAGAGUGUGAACCGGGGGGAGGUGAUGAGGAGGUUGGGGGUGUAUCGGAAUGUGGCGAGGUUUUAUGGGCUGCGGAUGUUGGGGGGUGUGGUGGAUGGUGUUUUGGGGGGGUUGUGA